UAUCUUCAAACAUUGUCAUCUUCUAUGUCAAAAAAAUAUCAAACAUUGUCAUCUUCAACCACAUGGCGAUAAUCGAACUAUACCCAAAAUUCUUCUUCCCCCAAAACCCAAUUCCAAAACCCUUCAUAAACUCCAAUUUCAAUCCCAAAAGUAAAAAAUCUCAUCAAAUUUCCAAACCAAUUGCUCAAUUUUCUCAUCAACCAACAACUACCACCUCAGACCGUGGCAUAAUUUUCCGGGAAAAAGUUCUUUACCUCGAGAAACUGAAAGUGAACCCAGAAAAAGCCUUCAAACAAAACCCUAAUCUUCGAUGUGUUCCUCUAAGAACCCUAGAAGCGGUUGAACAGUGUCUUUCAGCAAUUGGCAUACAGAGAAGCCAAAUGGGUCGAAUUCUCGAUAUGCUUCCUCAACUUCUCACGUGUGAACCACACAAUGACAUUUACCCUAUUCUUGAUUUUCUUCUCGAUGAGGUUGAAAUUCCUUACCAUGAUGUACAAAAAUCAAUCUUGCGGUGUCCUAGAUUGUUGGUUAGUAGUGUUGAGAAUCGAUUAAGACCUGCACUUUGUUUUUUGAGGGAAUUAGGGUUUGUUGCGCCACAUUCUCUCACGUGCCAAACUACAUUGCUUUUGGUUUCAAGUGUUGAGGAUACCCUUAUGCCUAAAGUUGAGUUUUUGAUGAGUUUGGGGUUCACACGUGCUGAGGUUUCGAAAAUGGUUUUGAGGUCACAUGGGUUGUUGACUUAUAGUGUGGCUAAUAAUUUGGUUCCAAAACUUGAUUUUUUCUUGAAUGAGAUGAAGGGUGAUGUUGCUGAAUUGAAGAGGUUUCCUCAUUUUUUCUCUUUUAGCUUGGAAGGGAGGAUUAAGCCGAGACACGCUAUGUUGGUUCGGCUUGGUUUGUCGCUUCCUUUGCGAGAAAUGUUGCAGGUUAGUGAUGGAGGAUUUGAGUCUAGGUUGCUUGAAUUUCGGUUUAGUGAACUUGAUGUACAUUCAGGGUAGUUGUAGCUGUUGUUUUUGUAAUAUAAGAGAGAAAAUAUGACAAAUGUUUGUGCAUAGCAUAGCUGAUUAGUUGUGUUCGAGAUACGGCUGAAUAACCAUGACAUGAAUCUGUGUUUUCUACACUGAAUAAUGGAUGGGAUCCCUUUAAUCUGUUAGAAUGCUUGACUACCCUGCAUGUAAUUAAGUUCAUGUGUGUAUGCAAUUCAUUGUCCUUGGGGUUCUCAAACCAAUGAUGUAAUUUGUUUGUAAUAUGCCCAAUUUUGGUUUUCAUAAAUGAUAUUUUGACAACACGAAUAUUGAACAACACUAUCUUUUGAUACAGUUUGUUUUGGUUGAUUUAUUUUCGCUUUUCUAGCUACUUUGAUAGUUGUGUUUGAUGUAUUUUUAUAUGGUUCUCAGAUGAUGUUGAAUUUGUGAUGUUCGAAUAACUCUGCUCUUUUGUUUAGUCUUGUUAUAUUUUAUAAUCAGCAAUUUCAGCUACAUUGUCAGUCAAGUACUGAUAUUCUGCCAGGUUCUGUGAAGCCCCCGAUACUCCACAAAUGGUGCGUAUCCGAUACUGAUACGUCCCGAUACGCAUAUCGGAGAAGUAUCGGCAAUUAAUAUAUUUUUUUUAAAAAAAAAUGUCCGAUACGUGUCGGAUACGUCUAACUUAUACUACGAUACAGCUGAAUAAACUGACACUUUCUCUCGAUAGGUAUGCAGAUUUUUUAUUUUGUUUUUGGCUUUUUUACUAGUCCACGUCUUACGUAUUUCAUUUUAAAAGAAUAAUAAUAAUAAAAUAAGAAAUACAAAUAAAGGCUGGAAGCGCUCUCAAAAAACAGAUGGAAUCAAAAAAUAGAGUUUGUCACUACUACCACCAGCGAUAGCUAUUCUCCUUCUAACCAGCAACACCGAUUACCUCAAUCUCAACAUCAGCAACACCGAUUACCUCCAUCAACACCUCCGUUAUGCCUCCUGUAGAAGAAAGCGUUACGAGUUCGUUUGCUUCAAAAGAACUCCAAGACGAUAAUAAACCACUAUGGAGAUUUCUCACUGUGAUUGAGAAUAAUGAUGCUGCAGGUGGAAACAAGCUUUGGAGGUGCAAUUUUUGUCAAAAAGAGGUGAAGAGUUCAUACUCGAGAGUGAGAUUUCCCUUAUUGAAAAUUUGCGGUCAAGAAGUUCAGGUUUGUCCCAAGGUUACUGAUAUAUUGUUGGAUGAUUUGAAUAGAAUAUGUGAAGGGGGUUAGAAUAGAUUAAAGCCUAAACAUGUUUCAUUGCCUACCGCUAAACCGUCUCAAAUCCCAUCGGUAGUGCCACAAUAGAGAAGAAAGGGUAGUAUAGAAAAUGCCUUUAAUGUUGUUACUUAUACUAACAACUAACAAUUUGUCAUUUAAAAAAAUAAAUAAUGCCCUCUGCCAAAUUAAGUAUUCCUUCCUCUAACUGUAACAUUGUUAUAUUAUGCAUUUAGAAUAAUUAUAUAACAAUGUUUCAUAACGACACUUCAAAUAUGGUGUCUGGAAUGUCUUGGCUAAAGCCACACCAUAACUUAAGUACAAGGAAAUUAAAACAAUACAAAGAUAGAGUUACAUGUAAACAAUCUCAUCUUAAUUAAAAAAUAUAACAUAAAAACUAAGUCCAAAUAGUAGCUCCCAAGCUCCUCCAAUAGCAUUAAACCUGCGAUUUCUUUCCUGUAAAAAUUUAAACAAUAUUGGGGGUGAAAUUACAUUUCAAUGAGUUCCUUGAGUAGACUAGUUCUUGUCUUUGGUGCAAGAAUAACAUUUCAAAUCAUUGUAUCAACAACCUUCUAACUAUCAUUUAAUCAAAAUACCUAAACCCUCAAAUGAGAGUAAUUUAAGGAUCUACGCCUUACUGACAAGUGUUGUCUUAUGGACUAAUUAGAGUGAAUCCUAGAUAAGAUUUGACAUAAUUAAUUCUUGUAGAACUCACCUAACUAGAGUGAAUCCUAAACAUUCAAGUACUAAUAAGGUAGGAAAAAGGAACGUCGAGUACUAAUAGUCUAAUACAAUUGAAACCUAUCAAUGCACGCAACACAUAAAAUUCCACAAUGGAAACUAUGGUUUACCAAUUUCCCUAAAAUAAUGCAUAUGAAAUUCUAGUGCUCCACAUUUUCAAUUGAUUCUUUAAAAUAUUCCUUACAUGUAUGCAUCAAUAACUAAUUAAAUCAAUUUUUCUCAACUUCAUGAAAAUCCCUCUAUAUAAUUUCCCCAAAACCCCAAAUUUCUCGAUUGUUCACUCACCUCAGUCAUGCAUGAAGGGGGAUGAUAGGGAAACCCCCAUCAAGUGUAGUUUACAAAAUUGAGAUGGUGAGGAUGAUGAUGAAGGACGACGGCGACAACAAAGAUGAUGAUGAAUUAUCCAAGUUCUCUCUCUCUCUCUCUCUCUCUCCUCAAUUCUUCCCCCUUAUUUCUAUUUUCUCCCCUUCUUCCUUGUCCAGCUCACGAGCUCUCUCUACCUUCUUCUUCCCCAUUCUUUUUUCCUUGCUUCUCCUCUUAUUUGUGGUGUGUCUAUGUGUGGUUGACUAACUCAACUGGUUGGUAUUGGUAUUUUAGUAAACAAAACUACUACCGACACCAUUCUCCAUACCAUACACAUCUUUCUACCACACAUAAUAUUUACUAAGCCCUCUGUGACAACAAUUGUGAGAUCUGCACUUUAGAACCAAUAGAUUGCAAUACAAUUCAAACAUCAGAAGCAAAUCAUUUGGUUAAGGAUUAGAUCUCUUCAAAGAAAAUCAAUCUGUUGAAUAUGGCUCAUAUGAAUCAGGAAGAGGUUGGGGGCAGCCCAGGAGCCAACCUAGUGGAGCGUAGCGAAGCUCGGACUGAAUUAUUGUUAUUUGGGUGGUUCAGGGGUAUUUGUUGUUGUUAUCUGGACCGGAUUAUUAUUAUAAAUACCGCUUGUAACACUGAACCCUAAUUCAUUCAUUCAUCUAAUAAAAACGCGCUGUAGCGAAUUCUACGGUCGGAAACAUACCCGCCACUUGAGGAACUCCGUUAUCAAACUUCUUGUCUGUUCAUUAUCAUUUGCUUUCGUUAUUAUUUCCUUUUGUUACUAGUUGUUCCAACACAAUCACACUCAAUCCAUACACUAUAUCUUUGUAUAAAUCCUUUAAGUGUGUUGAUCAAGAUCAUACUCAUUCUCAAAUAGAGAUUCGAAGAAUUACUAUAAAUCUUUAUAUAUGUUUAUUGUAACACAUUUAAUAUUCUUUGGGAUUAAGGAUGAAUUAUUUGAGUGUUAGAUAGUCUGGAGAGGCUGAUAAACUUGUGGAUGUCUGUUGAUGCAUAGACAGUGUCAAGGUCAGCUUACCAAGAAGUUUGAAGUUUCAAGCACCAUAUUGGAAAAUCCCAUAGGUUGUGGGUACUUGAGUAGACAACAUAUUGUGUCUCUUUCUUUUAUCCCCUUUUCUUUAUUUACUUAGAUAGAUAUACAUACACAAAUACACAUCAUAAACAUAUGCACAUACAUCCACAAGUUUGGUCCUUGAUUCUAUUUUUGAAAGUCAAUUUAGUCCUCAAAUAUAUCUUUUGUUGGUCAAUUUAGUCCAUAAAAUCACUAUCAAAUGAGAUAUUAAGGAUGCAUGUGCAAUUUUGAUACUGAAAUAGUGAUUUUCUCUUUGGAGCAUGCAACACAAGCUUUUAUAAAAAAAAAAGUGACUAAAAAUGAAAACUGAAAAUUUAGAGUGACAAAAAUUUAAAGAAUAUUUUAGAAGAACUAAAAAGGAAAGUUGGUAUAUUUAGAGGAUCAAAAUCAUAUUUAAACCCUAAUAAUUAUCUAUCAUCUCAAUUUUAACUCAUUACCUUUUUAAUUGCUGUUGCUAAUGCAUCAUAGGCAACUUCCCAAGCAGUGCUUAAUUCUUCGCUCCAUUUAUCUCCUGAUGCUUGCUUUAUUGUUUUCAACAAAGCUUCUUUAACCACCUAGAAGACACCAUAAUCAUUAAUUUUGGGUUAGAGUUUUAACACUUACUCCUCAUAACCCAACAAUAUUCAAUGAAAUCUUAUAUGUAGCCAUAACAAAAGAUAUAAAAUGUAACCAAAUAAAUAUUAUGAUACCUCAAAAUGAGGAUCAAUGACUCCCUUUUGAAUAUGGAUAGAACACAAUGUUGCAUCUCCCAAAACGACUUCUCCUUUUGUUCGGAGUUGAUAAGCUGAGUCGCGCACCUACAAUAUUAUCUGUAAAAAUCUCUUUUAUAAUAGUAACACUAAUGCCAAUUAUUUUACAAAAGUGUUGUAGUUGUGAAAUGCCAAUUUUUUAAAUUAUGACAAAAUAUAGUGUAUAUGAAUUUUUAAUUAUCGUAUAAAUUUUAUGUUUCUUUGUUGUUGCUUAUAUAUUCAUUCACUUGUGAAAUAUUAUCGAGGAUAACAUCUUGAGAAAUACUUACAACCCAUUGAAAACUAUCAUAUCUAUGCACGUUAUUGUUUAUAUAAAUUGUAUCAAUUUAUUAUAAGAGCCUCAUAUUUUGUUGUUAGAAUAGUUAUUGAUAUAUCAACCGUUCGAGAUAAUAAUAUGUUGGUUUUUGAGAUAUUCUCAUUAAAUCAUCAAAACAAAACGACUGUACACAUAACUAUGGUGGAUUUAUGGAGGUUAGUUGUGAACUUAUUUAUCCUGUUGUGACUUAUUAUAUAAUUAAAAGUAUAUAUAUAGUUUCAGACCGGACUAAAGCUCAUAAUGCUUGAAGGUCCAAUACAUCUUAAGGACCAAUCCAGCUUGUCCACGCCACACUUAAGGCACACUAUACUUUAUAUGCUAUGCUACCCACAACAAGAUAUAUAAUGAUCGCUGUAUGGAGUGUGCACUCCUCAAUUCCACUCACGUGAUGGGGCCUACAAGGUUUUUAUGCAUAUCCACUCCUACAAAUAUGCAUAUGCACCUAAACUCAAAGUACACACAUUUCACCCAAUUCAUACACACUCAUCUUAAGCUGUUACUGACUUGAACGUUGGAGUGCUAAUUAACAUUUUUGCAUGUAACCUUUCCCCACUGUGCCUGAAGCUUACAACCACCAUCAGAUUACACCUUAUCUCACCGGAUGAACCAUCUAGUUUUGAUACUUCAGAUUAAUGGCGCCGUCUGUAGGAAGGUUUUUUCUAUAAACCUUCUCAAGUUCACCAUCGCUACCCAUCUUCUUAUCAAUCCAUAUAUAGUUCCUCCAAUCAAACAAUGCCAAUGGUGGGAUCAAGAACCACACGUAGCAAAACCACUGCUACAAACAAUUCUCAGCUUGUCAAACCUUCACAAUGUAGACAUCACACGUGAACUUAUCCUUACGUUAGUGGUAGAUGAAAACACAAUACACCCUCCACCUCCAAAAACCACAACUCAACCACAAGGAAGUGUCACCAAUGUGUUUACCUUCAUAAGAUCUGCCUUGGAGUUGGAGCCACCAAACCCAAACAAAACUCGACUAAAGAUUCCAACUCUUGGAUGAACCGGUGUACCACGGACCAUUGCAACUAGAGAAGAGCCAUAGAAGAUUGUUACCGGGCUCCAAACAAACAAACUUCUCAUCAUCGUGAGCGUCCUCCAGCAGCAAGGAACCGGGUUGUCGAAUGUAGAAAGGAAACGAGAGAUGAUUCCUCAUCAGAUAGCUAGUCAAAUUCAACAAAGCCAACAAAUCAUCAUCCUAGGCGACACCCUUUUCUCAAUCACACCAAGAGGAGCAGAACCGUCCUCCACCAUGAGGAAACAACGACAACGAAGGCAACAAAGGACACAGAGUAGGAAAUGGAGGAGGAGAUGGAUCCCCUCCAUAUGACUCUGACAGUGAUAAAUGCAAUAAGACACCUCAACGAGGAGGAAGAAGAUGAAGUACCCACCAUGACCACAACAAGAAGAAGGACCGUCCUCAUCACCCCAGAGGCUCAUUCUCAAGCACAAUUUCAGAAUGCAGGAUCCCAAGGUCUUUGGAAAAGUCUCCAAAACUGUAAACAUAUGACGAGACCGCUAAUUCAGAUGAACAUGUAUAGCAUAGUGACACCGUCCUCGAUUACCAUGAAGCAUGGAGCACGGGGCGCUGUCAAGUGCAAAAUUUUUGUCCUCACUCUCAAAGAAUCAACUAUGACAUGGUUUAAAGGCUUACCAAAAGGCUCAAUCAAGUCCUGGGGACAGCUAUGUGAAGAAUUUACUGCACACUUCACUGCCCGGACAACUAUGUUUUAUAAUUUCAUAUCAUAUCAAGAUAAAUUUUAUCUUCCAAACAUAAGAUAUAUAACUUGACAAAUAAAUACGACCAAAGAAAAGCAUCCUAGUGACAUGAUGAAAAUUUUUAUAGGCAUAUGCUUGUAAUCGGCCAAAUUCAGUGUCAAUAAUUGUAAUCGGCCAAAAUUAUUAGUCUUGAGCGUAUCAUUGAUGUUGAAUGGAGAAUAAAAAUUUAAAAGUUGAUUGAAGUUAAUUUAUCUCACCAUUUCAAAAACUUUUGCAGCAUGGCUUUGAAGUUUAGGACUAUCAUGUACUCCAGCUGAGUCCUUAAGAAAAGAGAACAUGUCUUUUGCUGCAGGUUUUUUCUCUAGUAUACUUUUUUUAAGUAAAACAACAAAUAUUCUUAUUAGUUUAUACCAUAUAUUUUUAAAUCGACAUUCAAUAAAAGAGGAAAAAAUAAGCCAAAAACCUCAA